CUAGAGAGACCGUUAGUAAGUACUGGGCCCUCCGGCCCUGGGCCGAGCCCUUUUAUUUAGAGCGAACGGGGCCUCCUAGGAGGGGAACUGGAGGAAGAGCUCUUAGCACCAUGCCUGGCUCAUAGUAUAUGCUUAAUGAAUUCACUGACUUAUUAUAUAUAGCCUGGAGAAGAGAAGAUUUGAUGGAAACAUGAUUGAUAGUCAUAUGUAAGAGGUAUUUAAAGCCUUGGCUUUAAAGACCUACCUGAGGAGGAAUGGAUGAAAGUUUGAGAAAAAUAGGUGUAAGCUUAAUGAUGUCAGCAGCAAGGAAAGCCAGCCUAUUAAAUACCAGCCAAUUAGCUAAUGAUUUUUUUUAUGAUUCUAGUGAUAUUUCCAUAGGAGAUAUGAGGAUGAAAGAAACUCAGAACAGGGUCCUCAGAAGUGAAGGCCUUGCUAAGACACCUUUUAGCCAAAGCAGAUUCCUAAAGAGGAAACAAAAUGCUGAUGAAAACCAAUUUUUCUUGAAGGAUAGUACUUCAAGGGAGAUGGAGAGCAGGACAACUUUAAGUAAAUCACUGACAACUGCCUCCAAGAUCAGGGCUAAUGCAGCUUUGAUGAAACUGGCACAGAUAGAAACUAAAAUUAUGAGCCGAAAGCUACAGGUUGAUUUGUCUGACACCGAAACAGAUGGAAAGAGUGCUGAUGACAUUCAUUUGAAUCAUAGAACUGAAGCCCUUUCUCUAAAGAAUGUAAGUACCAUUCCCUGGAAAUGUGAGGAUAAACUUCCUAUUGCCAGCAGCAAUGAAAGAGUCAGUCGCUUUCUGAAGAAGAAAGGUCCAGAUAUUGAAAAUAUAGUCCAUCCAACACAGUUUGGAAAUGUCAAGACAUCUCAACCACCAAAACAGAAAGAGCCACUUAGAAAGCUGGUUUCUCUGGAUAGCGAUGAAGAGGAAAUGAAAUUGUUGCUGGGAAAUUUAGUGAAGCCUUUCAGUGAUAAAGAGAUACCUAAGAAUGCCGUUCUUUUGAACACAUCACUUAAGGAAGAUGAAUAUGAGGCAUUUUCUAUGGAUGAAAAUCAACGUGGUCCACUUUCUCUACCCCGUGAAGGAUUUUCCAGUCUCAAGAUUUUUCGGACAUUAUGUCUACCAGAGGAAAGCUGUCAAGAAACAACUUCUCAUGAUAGCCCUUCAAGAACUCUUUCCCCACAGAGUGGCUUUUCAGCUAACCAAACUUCAAGAUCACCAUCACUUUCAAUAAUGCAUUAUUUUUCAAAUCCCACAUCAACUUCUCCUAAAAUGGAACAUGUAAAGCUUGCAUUUUCACCUGAGGAGACUAAAAUUGGAUCAUUGGAUGAAUUGUUCUCUGAAGCAUCCAAUGAUAGCUUAAACGAUUUUAAAAUAAAUAUUUUAUCCCUUGAUGACUUGGCUCCGGAUAAUAUCGGUGAGAAAAUAGAACUGGGACAAAAAGAAAAAAAUCACAGAACAAAAGAACCAAGCAAGGAAUUAAAAACAGAUGUGCCAGUUGUAAGAGGUAUACAAAGAAGUGCCAGAGACAUGAGCCCAGAGACAAGUGUGAACAUUACUUCUCUUGACGCUGAAGAGGAAAGUCCAACUGUAAGUGAAAUAUGUGAGGAUGUGAAUGAGGAGUCUGUAACCUCUUCUAGAGAGAGAAGUAUUUCCAGCAGGAGAUCACCAUCUCCUAGACUUCAGGAGAGUACUAUCAACUCAGUGUAUUCUGAAGAUUUUGAAAAAUCUCCAAGUUCAACAGUAUCUGGGCAGACAGCCUACUCCCAAGAGUCAUUAGACAAAACACUGGAGUCUUUGUCUGAGAGUCCUUCAUGUUCUAAAAGAGACCUUUCCACCCAGUCCAAAGAGCCUGGUAAAAAAUGGGGUGAGAACGUGAAGAGAAUAUUAGUGAAGGAAGUGGCUGUUCAAACCUAUGAUCCUACCUUCACCUACAACUGGACAAAGGAGAGCAUGGCGACUAUUGGCCCAAGUUUGGGUAGAACUUAUGUGGAUCCUGAACCUAUUGCCAGUCAUGUGAUUACUGCAGAUGCAAUAGAAGCUCUGACAGCCUAUAGUCCCGCAGUCUUUGCUCUGAAUGACAUGUUAAAACAGCAGCUGACAUUGACAAAGCAGUUUAUGGAAACCAGUCGAUAUCUGCAUUUUUCUCUCCUGAAGUCCCUGGAAGAUGACACAUUCCAUUAUCAUACAUUGGAAGAUGCUAAAGAGUAUAUUAGGAAUCACAAAUCACCACCACUGACAAUUGAGAAAGCUUUGGAGGAAGUUGAAAAGGAAAUGUCGGAUCAAUAAGUGGAUUGGCUUCCAAUAUAGCUUCUUGGACACUGGACUGUUAUGGUUCUCCUGUAUCUUGCAAUCAACCUGGCCAAACUGGAACAAUGGCUAUAUAUGCUUAUCUUGCCCUUUUUAAAUUUCCUAGUCCCCGAUUAAACUUUCCCCAGUGCCUGGAAUACACUGCACAGCAGCUCUUUCCCCUUUAAAUCUUCCACAUUCCAGCUCAGAGAUCCUUGCCAAGGAAUUUCCAUGAUCCUUCUUCCUCUGCACUUUGGAAAUAUUCUCUCCAUGGCUUAAAUUGGUCCCUCCUUCUAGCUGUUCUUAUCAGCUACACAUCCAUUGCUGCCCCUUUGGAAAACUGCGAAACCACCCUUAGAUGUUCCAUCAUUGGCAAACUAAACUCAUUCUAUUUCUUCCCAAAUAUCCUCUUUCAAUAUUCCAGUUUCUGUUACUGGCAUCAUCUUUUCAGUGUCUAAACCCAAAUCAUCUUUGACUCUUGUCCUUUCUCCAUAUUUGCAAAUCUGAUCAGUUGCCAAAGCCUUUGGGUUCUAUCUGAAACAUCUUUCCUAUUUUUCAAUCCAGAUAUUGUAGCAAUUGCCAUAGCAUCCAUACAGUCUCUUGAAGUUUCCUUGUUCCUCUCUUCCUUCAGGUCUGUCCUUUAGAUGCCAUAAAACCAAACUCCCAAACCAUGACUAUAACCUGCUGCCAUUAGACCUUCAGCAAAUCCCUGUGGCCUACCAAAAAUAUUCUAUAGUGUGCAUUCAAAAGCCUUUGGCUUAUCUCCAUUGUACUCUUGCAGUUACCAUCACCUGGCCAAACUGGAAUAAUGAUUAUAUAUGCUUAUCUUGCCCUUUUUAAAUUUCCUUGUCCCUGAUUAAACUUUCCCCAGUGCCUGGAAUAUACUGCACAGCACCAUCACCCCCUUUAAAUCUUCCACAUUUCAGCUUAGGGCUCUUUGCCAAGAAAUUUCCAUGAUCCUCCUUCCUCUCCAUUUUGGAAAUAUUCUCUCUAUGAACUAAAUCUGCCUCAACAUCAAUUCAUUAAGCACCUACCAGAUUCUCAGCAUUGUUAAUACCAGUAUGGCUAACAUCUUAUACAUGAUUUGUACUAACAAAUAUUAGUUGAAUGAAAUAUGACAAUGGAUUAAGAAUAUAAUUAUGCUAAACAGUGGUUCAUUUUUUUUUUCUUAAACAGUAACACUGUUAGGGACAGCAUCAACACCUAUGUUUCAUUUUAUUGCUUUAUUUGAGCAAGAUUUGGCUUAGCCUAUGGUAUCUUUGGAAUUAAUAAAUCAUAUUAUUACGGG